GAGCAAGUGUUUGAUGAUUUUUUUAUACAUUCAGGCUUAUCAGCCCAUUUUGGAUGCUCCAAACAGCCUCUUAAUCGGGGUUGAAUUGCUCAAUAGUCAAUACAUAGUAUGGACUUUGCCAUUCCUGUCUAAUACAGCUAUGAGCGAUCAAAGAGCACACAAAGUUAGGAAGGAAUCUGACAGUGGAGAUUUACUGCGCAACAGAGGAUAUCGGCUUCAUCAACACUCGCCAGAAUCAGCACCGACCUUUUUUACUGCGCAACAGAGGAUAUCGGCUUCAUCAACACUCGCCAUGCUUGCCCUCUAAAUCUUCAUCUUCUCUUUUACUUCUCUAUUGCAAACGCCGCCAAAAUUGAAAGCAAAAUAAUACCUGCGAAAAUUAUUUCGCUCCAAAAUCGAAAGCAGAAUACUACCUCUUGGGCCAGCGAUGUAAGUCAGCGACUGUGUCCCCGGACGGCGCGAGUCCUUCAGGUUAGCACCAGCAGCCUCUCUCGGAUAGGACACUUCAAUCAGCGGCGAAUCCCCACUCUGCUUAACAAUCAAAUCGAGUCCCUCUUCUCGCCAUGUUUGCGACAGGGACGAAUCCGUGAAGGUCCCAAA